UCUCUCUUUUUUUUCUUUUGGUUUUUGAGGUGAUAGGGAUUGUGUGUACCUCACAGGAGCUGUUUCUUGCGUGUCUUGUCCAUUCGAUCUCGUUUUAAGAAAGGGUUUGUACAAAUGGAGCGGGAGAAGCUUUAUAAUAAGAGAGCAAGGGAAGAUGAUCAUCAUGAGUACCAUCAAGAUUGUUCCAAUAAGAAUUCGGCAAAGAAGCAAGAUCUCAAGGGUAGUGACUUCAGAGAGAACAACGAUGACAUCAGUAAUAUGAAGAAGUUAGAUUCUUCCAUUGCAUUAGAUGUCGGGGUAUUCGAUUUCCCAUGGCUGAAAGAUGGUAUGAUCUCCAAAUCAGAGGACUGGAGAUUCGAGGACGCCUUCUCUUCAUCACUGAUCCCCCAUGACAACUCCACGACCACUGCUGCUAUUGAAUUUUCGGGGCAAUGUCUGUGUCGGACGGCAGAGGAAAUCCCAUAUCUUCCCGAGAACAAGUUUGAUGAUAGUUUAUGUUGGGCGGUACCCGAAGGUGAUGGGUUGGAAACUGAAGGUUUGGAUUGCAUUUGGAGCUCUCUACUCGGUCAGCCGCUUCAACAGGGUGGUGGUAUCUGAAAAUAUGCUUUCAAAUGCAUUAGAAACCUAUAGCUCCUCCUCGCAUUCAUGUCAGAUGGAGCUCACACUGUGGUGAUAAAUUGUAUGUAUGCUGUCAUGGCAAAACUUUAAGACCUUCCUUCUGAUGUUGAUCCUUUUUCCUUUUUACCACCUUUCAUGGGUGCUAGCUCUUUCUUGGGCAUACAUUCACCAUUUUGUUACACUUCCUGUUUGGUAGCUGGUACUUUGACAUUGUAUUGUACUGAGUAAUGCAGUAAAUUGCUAUUC